UUCACGAGGAAUGGCUCCCACCACUGACUGUGUUUACACGCUCUGAAAAAAUGGGAUUCUGUAUACAUUUGCCUAUAACCGAUCAAUUAUUCAGCUUUAAAGACGUUAAUUUACGUCGACGCAAAUACACUGUAAUAGUUAACGGUGAGCAGGCACCGAGUCUGAGAAGGAGCCGCAAUGUUUCUGUUUCAGUUACCCGACGAUGUUCUGUACCUCAUCUUGUCGUACUUGGACUACAAAUCGCUGUGUCGCCUCUCUCAAGUUUGCAAGAGAAGCCACCACUUUACCGUCCGCGAUGCUGUUUGGAGGAGGAUAGCAAAAGACUUUAUCAACACCGGCAUGACAAGACAAGGACCAGACCUGUAUCCUACUAUUCUCUUGAAGGACAGAGUGAAGAUAUCCCAGAAUUGGAGUCGUGGUGUCUGCCGUAAAGAUGUCCUUCUGAAAUGGAAGAUCAACUUGUUGCCGUGGAUACAGCUGGACGAUGAUGUGCUGUAUCUGUCUCAGGCAGCAGACAUUGGAGCGUACCAUCUCAGGGGGCCUGAGGGGGGGAGGUUCCAGCAUAAUAGAUUGACUGUGUUUUCAGGACACCAAGAGGAUGUGUGUAGAUUCACUUUGACAGACACACAUCUUGUCAGUGCUGGAGGUGAUGGGAAGAUCAUUAUCCAUGACAGAAAAAGUGAUUAUUCUGUGGAGUAUUAUGGCCAUAAUCAGGAGGUGAACUGUAUUGACUGCAAAGGUGAAUUGAUCAUCAGUGGGUCAAGAGACAGGACUGCUAAGAUAUGGGCAUUAACUCCAAACCAGCUUGGCAAGUGUCUUCAUACAGUCCCAACCUAUGAUCGAGUAUGGUCUGUGGCCAUCAGCCCCUCUCUAUGCACCUUUGUGACUGGAACUGCAUGCUGUGAAAACUUUGCCCCUCUUCGGAUAUGGGACACAGAGAGGUGUCACCUGGUGUCGUGUCUUGGCUCAGAGUUCCGCAGAGGUGCAGGUGUGUUGGAUAUUGUCUAUGAGUCUCCUUUCCAGCUCCUCACCUGUGGAUAUGACACCUUUAUCCGCUACUGGGAUCUGCGUGUCUGCUCUAGAAAAUGUGUGAUGGAGUGGGAGGAGCCCCAUGACAAUGCACUUUACUGUAUCAAGACCGAUAAGAAUCACAUGAUCGCCAGUGGCUCCUCCUACUAUGGAGUGGUGCGUCUGUGGGACAAAAGGCAAACUCGAUGUUUGCAGAUGUUCCAGCUCACCUCCACCACCAGCAGUCCAGUUUACAGCCUGUGCUUCAAUGCCACACACCUGUAUGCUGCCCUGGCCUCAGCCCUCUACUCACUGGACUUCAGAACUUCAGGGCCCAGGCACAGGAGAUAGAACAGCUCACAAGCACUCUCAACAAGCACCUUUGGUUUAAUCCCACAUUGCACACCUCCAACAGCUCUAAGAGCAGGUCUUUGGUCUUUGACCUUCAGAGAUUUUAACUAGACAUAUCCGGAACUCCAUUAAAAAUAUCUGUACCUCUUGUUGCCUUGUAUUGGCAUGCAGAUAGUUGUCAUUUCUCCAGCUAUCUGUGUCGCUAGUCGCUGAGAAGGACUGGAGGGAGCAGGGUUCACGACCUUCCGUGUUAACGGACUUAACACAUUGCCAGCGACCUGUGGGACUUCUAAAAACAAACACUGCUCAGAGCUGCCAGAACAUCCUGUGGAGAUUUAUGCUGAAACAUAUACACUAUGAUAACAUUUUUUUUUCUUCCUAUUGUGUUUGAAAUGUAUAUUUUUUCAACAGUGAGUCAAUUAGAUGGCUUUGGCUUGGC